ACACCCUUGAAGAAUCAUGUUACUUUUCUCCGCAUUGUAGUUUAGUUAUUGUUUUUGGUUAAUUCAGUAUAUUUAAUUUUGCAUUGUAUUCUAGCUAUUGUUUAUGAUUAAUUCAAUAUAUUUAAUGAGUAAAUAUGAGUUCGGGAGAAUUUUGGUAUAGUUUUUACGCUAAUAAAUGAUUUUGGAAUGAGUAGCUGAAAAAUGUCGGUAAAAAUUCCGAGCGGCAUUGAACGCAACGAGCUAACGAAUGUCCACAGCAUUUUUCCCCCUCACCCGACACUACAUUCUUGAGCAAAUUUCCGCAUGUGAGUGAUAAAGGCCAGCUUCCGAGCGGCGGUACUUGUUGCUGCGGGUUUUGUGCCACCGUUUUCAGGGGGUGUCAAGAUUGGAGGCCAAACCGGGGAGAAACUUACGGUUUUCGUCUCAGGAAACAAGCGAAAGGGCUCGGGAAAUUAACAAUAAUUAAAAGGGGGAAAAAGACAACUCGUAGGAGACGAAAAACUGCUUCCCUAUUGAAUGAGAAUAACUUUUUCUUUAUUAUUAUUAUUUUUUUUUUUUUUAAAGGCGAGGAAGUACGAGUUUUAGCGCCUUUCUUUCAGCGGGUGUGCGUCGUGCCUUCCUCUUCUUCCUCCCCGGACGUGCGCGUACUCGUGAGCUGGCGUGCGCGUGUGUUUACAAGUGAGUUUGAACGAGUGCCAGCAGCGAGGCAAGCAAGAGGCAUGGUGGAUAACUCCAGCAGUAGUAAGGCGCAAAUGCCCAGCAUGUCUCAGGAGCCCAGUGUAGCCUUUCCUCAGAGCGCCCCAUCAGGGGGGAUGAAGCUGGAGGCGGUGAUGGAGCAACUUCAGCGCCAGCAGCAAGCUCGGCUGGAGAUGGAACGCAAGGAGAGGAAGCUGCGCGAGGCCCACAUCAUGUACGCUCAACAGGUGGCCGCUCAGCAGGCCAUCCUGGCGGCCGCCCGCGCGUCGGGAGCCAACUUCAUGGGCAAGGGCCUGGCCGGAGUGGUGCCGCCCCCGCCGCCGCCUCCCCGCGUGUCUAAUCAGAGCAGCGUAGACUCCGAGAAGGAGGACGACGAGGACCGGGGCCGCGACUCGGCCGACGAGGACGACGACGCCGAGAUGAUGGACGGCGACGAACGCAGCGACGAGGACGAGGGCGGCGCGGUCGGCGGCCUGGAGUUCCUCCGCAAGCAGACGCUGGCGCUGCAGCAGAGCGCCGGCCGCAUGCCCCCCGUCCGACCUUACGGCAGCUUCGCCGCCUCGGCCCCUCAGAGGCCGCCGUCCCCGCCCAUCAGGGUCAAGCAGGAACCCGACGAGGGCCUGUCGCCCGCUGGCGCUCACCCGGCCACCUCCCCCAACGGCCAGGCCGACUGGAGCUUUGAAGACCACUUCAGACAGAAUGGAAGCGCAAGUUGGGCGGAUGAGGCGGACAGUAACAGAGGAAGAGGAGAAGCCUCCAGAGACUUUGCCAAGUUGUACGAGUUGGACAAUGAUCCAAAACGGAAGGAGUUCUUGGAUGAUCUCUUUACCUUCAUGCAGAAAAGAGGCACGCCUGUCAACCGUAUUCCCAUCAUGGCCAAACAAGUGCUGGAUCUGUAUAUGCUCUACAAGCUGGUGACGGAGAAGGGAGGCCUAGUGGAGGUUAUCAACAAGAAGAUUUGGAGGGAGAUCACCAAGGGGCUCAACUUGCCCACCUCUAUCACAAGCGCCGCGUUCACCCUGCGCACACAGUACAUGAAGUAUUUGUACCCGUACGAGUGCGAGCGUAAGGGCCUGAGCUCCCCCGGCGAGCUUCAGGCGGCCAUCGACAGCAACCGCCGCGAGGGCCGCCGCCCAAGCUACAGCAGCAGCCUAUUCCGCUUCUCGCCGUCGCCCAGCGCCGCCCCGCACAUCCUCUCGCCUCCCAAGAUGCACCUCUCCGCCAUCGGGCCCGGCACCUCUGCGGCCCUCAACGGCCUGCAGGGCUCACCGGGGUCAAUUUUGAAGAAAGACGACCUGACUCCCUCCAUCAUGGCGGCCCGACCCUCCGUGGCCCUGGCACUGGGGCAGCAGCAGGUGGCGGGCCUGGCGCGCGCCGCUACGCUGGAGCAGCUCCGAGAGAAGCUGGAAACCACCGGGGGCGGCGUGGGAGAGGGUCCCGAGAGGAAGAUGGCCCGUCUGGCCGAGGAGCAGCAGCGCCUCAUGCAGCAAGCUUUUCAGCACAACCUGCUGGCUAUGGCCUCGCAGAUGCCAAUGAACUUGCGCCUCGGGGCCCCCGCCAUCACCCAGAGAGAUGAGAAGCAGCAGGACAUGUCUCUGAGCAUUUCCACUAAUGGCAAUGCUAGCAUUACAGUCUCUGUGGAGGUCAAUGGCACAAUGUACUCAGGAACACUCUUUGCCCAGAAGGCCGGAGGCCUGUUGGGUCCCGCCGUGUCGGCCGCCGCCUCAGCUUCCACCAGCGCCGGCUUCGGCUUCUCUGCACCGCCGAGACAGAACCUCAGCCCCGCCUCCUCCUCCUCCCCGCCUUCCUCCAAGGCCCCCAGUUCGGCCGAGCCGGGCCCCAACGGGUCGCCCUAACCUGCCCGCUUCUAACGGGCUCCACCCCCACACCACUUCCCCCUUCAUCCCCAGGCCCGACCCGGCAUGAAAUUCUGUACCGCGAGAAAGAUUACAGACUGUUGCACAACAAAUACCUCAUGAAGCCUGUCCACCUCUUGGCUGUCCAAUCGUGAACACGAAAGCCCGAGAAUAGAACAUCAUAACGCUACUAUGCAUUUUCCACACUCUCAUGCUAGACACAAUCAUCGCAGCCAAAAAAAAAAACCCACUGACAGGUGACGUCACAACUGAACUUGAAUUUUAUUUUAAUUUUUUUUUUUGUGUUGCCAUUUUGUCGUCUUUAUUUUUAGAAUGAAUUUUUUCGCUCUUCUUACAUACCUCAAAUCACGCAACCUGCAGUGGUGUCUUUUUUACCUCAGGAGCUCGACCGUAUUUAACCUCUAUUAUUUUCUCUUUUUGAGUCGGGUAUUUUUUUUUCCCCCCUCUCGAGCGGAUGACAGGAUGCCGUAGAUCGGCACGGGUGAUUUCACGGUCCUUCUCGUCCGAGGCGGGUCGGGGACGGCUAGCAUCGGAAAAGCGGAUGGGCCCCUUCCCUGUCCCCCUUGAUAAGCGGCAUCUCUCUCAGGAAGCGGGGAAACAAAAUCAAACAUGCCCCCACAAUGGAAGAACUUGAAAAAAAAUUACCUCAUGAGACUCUCCCCGCAGGAGAGCCACAAUACAUAUACCUCAUAGGGCGGCCAUGAUGGAAGAAGCCACCCCACCCCAAAGAAGUGCUGGUUUUUACAACUCACACCUCAACCUUUUUCAUGAUUAGACCCCGGCUAGAAAUGUGUUGUUCAAGGGGGUUUCUCAGGUGGGAUGAAAUGCAUUGACACUCGACGCAUGCAUACAAUCACGUGAUAUGAACUGAUUUUUAGCCUCGGUUUGUUAUUGCACAGCUAGAUACCAAAAAAAUAAAACAUAAGAGCGCUCGCCAUGGGUUCGCCAUCAAACCAGGCUUGAUUUUUUUAUUAUUAUUAUUAUUAUUCUUAGGGAGAAAGUGUUAGUCGCGUUCAUUCAUUCAGCAAUUAAAGCGGGACAAAUCCCGACGUUCAACAAUCAAAUUAAGACCAGCGGUGUCAAACGGGUCCAAUUUGCGGGGUUCAUACCGAAUCACAUGAUUUUAUUUUGAAAUUAGCGCUGUAAAACUGGAGAUUUGUGCAUUUCUGCGCUUGGCUAACUUUUGUGUCCACAGUCUUCAUUUGUCCUCUCCCACUCAAAAAGGACUGGACGUCGAGUGCUAAUGAAUUAUCAAAGAAGUCACCCAAAAAUGCCUCAAAACCAUCAAGAAGUGACCCAGAAGGAAGUAACCUGGAAAUGCCCCAAAAUCAACAGGAAAUAAUCCAAAAUGUGUAAGAAGUGACCCAGAGAUACACCAAAAUGUACAAAAGUGCCGCAUAAUUAACUUUUAAGGUUCCUUUGACAACUAUAGACGCCCAAUUCACAUAAACUGGGAGAACUGAUGUCGAAUGCUCAUAUUUCAGUGCCAUUGAUGGGGGCAGACAUCUAAUGGACGUCUGGCGCCAUCAAUGGCAGCCAGUGAGUUCUCUUAUUUGGCUCAAAAUGAAUUUGUCCUACCAACAUGAGAUAUAAUUCCCAUGAAUGCCGUGAACCAAAAUGAGUUUGGCAUCCCUGCUGUCGAAUGUAAAGUGUAAGUGUCUUAAAAUUACAUGGAAGUGCCACAAAAUCAAGAAGCGGCACAAAUUCAACACAAAAUUAACCCGAAAGUGCCCCAAAACUGAUUGGAAGUGACCCCAAAUUAACGGCUAAAUGUGUUGAAAUAUUCAGGAAGUGACCAAUGAAUAGGAAGUAAUCCAGAAAUGCCCUAAAAUCAACAGGAAAUGAGGCAAAAUGUACAAGGAGUUACCCAAAAAUGCACCAAAACCAAUGUAAAGUGACUCAACAUCAACCGGAAGUAACUUGGAAAUGCCCCAAAAUGAACAGGAAGUAACGAAUGAAUAUAAAGCAGCCCUAAAUACUUGGAAAAGCAACAAGAAAGAAUCCAAAAUUUACAGGAAGUGUCCUGUAAGUGUCUUUAAAUUACAUGGAAGUGCCACAAAAAUCGAGAAGCAGCACAAAUUCAACACAAAGUUAACCUGUAAGUGCCCCAAAACUAAUUGGAAGUGACCCGAAAUCAACCGCUAAAUGCAAAAUCAACUGGAAAUAAGGCAAAUUGUACAAGAAAUGACCCAAAAAUGCACCAAAAUCCACAGGAAGUGACCCAAAAUCACCUGGGUGUAACCUAGAACCGCCCCAAAAUCAACAGGAAGUGACCAAUGAACAGAAAGUAGCCCUAAAUACUUGACAAAUCAACAGGAAAGGAUCCCAAAUUUACAGGAAGUGUCCUGUAAGUGUCUUAAAAUUACAUGGAAGUGCCACAAAAUCAUCUAAAAGUGGCACAAAUUCAACACAAAAUUAACUCGUAAGAGCCCCGAAACUAAUUGGAAGUGACCCGAAAUCAAUCGCUAAAUGCGUUAAACUAUUCAGGAAGUGACCAAUGAAUAGGAAGUCACCAAGAUAUGCCCUAAAAUCAACAGGAAAUGAGGCAAAAUGUACAAGUAGUGACAAAAAAGCACUAAAACCAACAGGACGUGGCCCAAAAUUAAGUAUUCAAAAUAUCCGAAAAGUGUCCUGUAAGUAUCUUUGAAUUACAUGGAAGUGCCACAAAAUCAUCAAAUCAAUCACCAAAACUAAUCGGAACUGACCCGAAAUCAACUGCUAAAUGCGUUGAAAUAUUCAGGAAGUGAAAGGUAAAUAGGUAGUAACCCAUAAAUGCCCUCAAAUAAACAGGAAAUGAGGCAAAAUUUACAGGAAGUGUUCUGUAAGUGUCUUAAAAUUACAUGGAAGUGCCACAAAAUCAUCUAAAAGCGGCACAAAUUCAACACAAAAUUAAUCCGUAAGUGCCCCUAAACUAAUUGGAAGUGACCCGAAAUCAACUACUAAAUGUGUUGAAAUAUUCAGGUGAUAUGGCCGAUGAAAAGGUAGUAACCCAGAAAUGCCCUAAAAUCAACGGCUAAUGAGGCAAACUGUACAAGAUGUCACACAAAAAAAUGCACCAAAACCAACAGGAAGUAACUAAUGAACAGGAAGCAGCCUUAGAAUACUUGGAAAAUCAAAAGGAAAGGAUACAAAAUUUACAGGAAGUGUCCUGUAAGUAUCUUAAAUUACAUGGAAGUGCCACAAAACCAUCAAAUAGUGGCACAAAAUGACCCGUAAGUCCCCCAAAACUAGUUGGAAGUGACCCGAAAUCAACCUCUUAAUGUGUUGAAAUAUUCAGGAAGUGACCAAUGAAUAGGAAGUAACCCAGAAAUUUCCUAAAAUCAACUGGAAAUAAGGCAAAAUGUACAAGAAGUGACCCAAAAAUGCACCAAACCAACAGGAAGUGACUCAAAAUCAGCCAGAAGUAACCUGGAAAUGCCGUAAAAUCAACACUAAGUAACCAAUGAACAGGAAGCAACCUUAAAUACUUGGAAAAGUAACAGAAAAGGUUCUAGAAUUUACAGGAACUAUCCUGUAAGUAUCUGAAAAUUACAUGGAAGUGCCACAAAAUCAUCAAAUAGUGGCACAAAAUGACCCAUAGGUACCCCAAAACUAGUUGGACGUGACCCGAAAUCAACCGCUUAAUUCGUUGAAAUAUUCAGGAAGUGACCAAUGAAUAGUAAGUAACCCAGAAAUUUCCUAAAAUCAACUGGAAAUGAGGCAAAAUGUACAAGAAGCGACCCAAAAAUGCACCAAACCAACAGGAAGUGACUCAAAAUCAACCGAAAGUAACCUAGAAAUGCCAUAAAAUCUACAGGAAGUAACCAAUGAAAAGGAAGCAACCUUAAAUACUUGGAAAAGCAACAGAAAAGGAUCCAAAAUUUACAGGAAGUGUCCUGUAAGUAUCUGAAAAUUACAUGGAAGUGCCACAAAACCAUCAAAUAGUGGCACAAAAUGACCCGUAAGUGCCCCAAAACUAGUUGGAAGUGACCCGAAAUCAACCGCUUUAUUCGUUGAAAUAUUCAGGAAGUGACCGAAGAAUAGGUAGUAAUCCAGAAACGCCCUAAAAUCAACAGGUAAUGAGGCAAACUGUACAAGGUGUGACCCGAAAAAUGCGCCAAAACCAACAGGAAGUGACCCAAAAUCAACCGAAAUUGACCUGGAAAUGCCCCAAAAUCAACAGAAAGUAGCCAAUGAACAGGAAGUAGCCUUGAAUACUUGGAAAAUCAAAAGGAAAUAAUCCAAAAUUUACACGAAGUGUCCUGUAUGGAUCUUAAAAUUAAUGGAAGUGCCACAAAAUCAUCAAAUCAAUCACCAAAACUAAUCGGAAGUGACCCAAAAUCAACAGGAAGUUACUGCUAAAUAUGCCAAAAUAUUCAGGAAGUAACCAGAACAUGCCCACGUGAGAUAUAAUAGCCAUGAAUGUGGCCCGCGGACCAAAAUAAAUUUGACACCCCUGGAUUAGACAACUUUGUCGACAGGCUAGCAAGCUAGCUGGACUUGAACUCUGUUGCCUUUUCAUAGCGUUAGCUGAAUUAAAGGGCUCUAGAAUGUACGUAUAUUCAAUCCCGCUGAGCUCUUAACUCACUAACCAUUGAUGACAAUAGAUGGGACGUCGUCAUCGUCAACAACAGCUAAUGAGUUACAAAAAAAACUAAUGUUAAGUAAUAAUAUUACUAUUACUUAAUGAAGCUGGAUCGCAAGGAUUUCAUCAAAUUGGUUUGCUCUACCUUUUUUCAUUUUGUAGUAACCACGUGAAUCCUUUAGGGCGGCGCUGCUAAAAACCUUUUCGGCCUAGAGACGACGCUUGUGUGUGAGCGUGCGUGAACCUUUGGUGCGGGUCCAUUUUGGCUACUGACAAACGGACAAUCCUACAAAACUGUGUUCACAUUUUCAGCUAGCAAGUAUUUGCUAACAAGCUACAUGCUAAUUGUAUUGAUGAGCUUUGAACUUCAAAUGACUUCACUUAAUAUUUCCGACAAUCUUGACAAUCUAACCAAAACGCGAGUCUUGUCCGCCAUUUUAAAUUCAACUAAGCCACAAGUACCGCCACUUGCUAACGAAUAAAUAUUUUACGCUUUUCACAUGAUGUUAGGGUCAUUUUUUAUAGGGUGCCAUUUGGAUGUAACACAGUGUACACUAACAGAAGGUACAUUUUGUGCUAAAGUUAGGGUUGCCACCUUUCAGACAUAAUAAAUUUGGGACGCCCCCCUCGCGCCCAAAGCUGUACAGGCAGAGAAAAAAAAGAGACAUCCCCAAAACUCCUAAAAAUGCAAAGAAAUGUAUCUCUUCAUUUAUAAUCCGUAUUAGUUCAAUACGGAACGCAGCAUUAAGUUCCCAAUUUCGGAUCGUUCCUUAUUUUAAGUUAGCCCUCAGCCUAGCUUUGCUAGCAUAAUAGCUAACAUGACUUUAACUCUUUAAUUGAUUCAAAUUAAUUGCUUUGAUAUAUAGAGGUUUAACGGAGUGGACGAGUUAUGAUCAACUACACUGAAAGUACUUCAUAAAACUGCAAAAUAUGAUUUUUUAAAGGAAGUAAAGCGUAAAAUCGCUUACCAUAGUUGAAUUUCCCGCCACUUGUGUGAUCUUAUUGCAGAAGAGUGAUGUCAUUAAUAAAUGGUGAAAUUUCUUAAAGAGACACUAACACAAUUUAUCGGAGUGGAUAGUCAAACUGGGGAUGAACAGAAAACCUUUUUUUGUUGUUGUUGUUAUUAAAUAGCAUCUUUUAAUUUAAAAACAACACAUGAUUAAAAUACUUUAUCCAGGAGAAUAAAAUCAAAACUAUUUGGGAUAUUUUUCUACUUAUAUUAGUUAUUUUAUUGACUGAAUUUGACUGGGCACAUAGCAAUAUUCCAUAACCUUUUACCAGAAGACAAUUCAAUUCAAAAAAUAGAAUUUAGGAGCAUAGCAUCAAUUCCCAGGCGAAUUUAAGCUAAUUUCCGAAUCGUAAAGCAUAAAAGAGAUGACUUUAUCAAGACAAACGGGAAAAAGUAUUAACGUUAAAGCAACACUUGGUAACUUUUCAGUUUUGGUUGAUUUUCGGGACGCCAGUGGACAAAAGCGGUAGUGUUUUGCCUUAAGGAAGAUUGCGUUUCCCAUGAGGACCAACGCACACCCGCACAGAGUUGUAAAAUCAUCAAUCACUCAAAAAUCUAUCUCACGGUCGCCUGCAGAUAAAUUAAACAACAUUUCUGUUUCCAGCAGCUGUGUGAAGGAUGAAUUGUGCCUAGUUGUGACGGUUAGCAGCAAAUCAAAGUGGACAUGAAAGUACAUUUCUAUCAAUUCAUUCCUGAAACCUCAUCCUGCACUCAUGUAAACAUGUUUUUGUCCGAUGUUUAAACAACAUAUGGCUUUCAUUUGAGCUGAAGCUAUCAUUGUUUUAGUAGUCGAUUAAUCGAUGAACUAGUUUGUUCGAAUAAUCGAGUAAUCUGAUAAUAUUUGAGCUAAGCCUCAAACAGUAUAAAAAAAAAUAACUGAGGAAAUUAGUACAAAGGAAAAACGAUUGGGUAACUUACAUGGCAAAAGUCCGCUAGCUUAAAUGCUAUAGAAUCUAACGUUUUGGGUUUUUUGUUUUGUUUUUUACAAUGCUCUUAAAAAAUGGUUCAAACACAUAUUCCUACAAAAAACGGCUAAAUAUACCUAUAAACUAAAUUACGAAUGCAUUGAAAAAACAUCAGCUCACACAAAAAUUUAGCUUAUGUUGGUCUUAACAGGGAUUCAGCCAUGUGAAAUGAGUUAUGUCAUAUUCACUGUUGCCACUAGAGGGCAUUGUAUCCACCCAAACCAAUCAAACUAAAUGUAAACACUUUCAAAACAAACCAUUACAACGCCACUUUAGUUAAACAAAUCGAAUUACUUGAGUUAAUCGAUUUAUCAUUGCAGCACUAGCUUUCAUUACAGCUUUUCUUUUUAUUUUUUUAGGUCAAAACCUGGCUUUAGUCCACACCUGCUUAAAUACAGGAUUCUAAAUACUCCAUGCCUCAGUCUUUGCAGCAAAAUUAGCCCAAAAUUUCAGACUUCGCGUAUCUCCAUCGCCACCAUGUUAAAAUGUUUGCCCCGUGGCACCAAAUCCUGUGAAACUAUAGUGUAAAGAAGCCACCCGGAAUAACUCAUGCUGCCAACCAGUGGACGGGAGUACUAGUGCAGCCACUGUUUUCACCAAAAACACACGUGUAAGGAUCUAUACAGACAGAUUUUGAAUCGAUACGAGAAUUGCAUGAUGUAAUAUCGCGAUACAAUCCUAUUUAAGAAUGUCCCGAUGACGUUUUUGCAUCCGAGUCACGUGAUUUUGACGAUCUGCCCAUACCGAAAAAAAGUGUUGUUCAAAAAAAAAUUUUUUUUUCAACAUGUUACUGUCAGACCGUGCCGCCUUUAUAAUGUGAAUAAUUUUCAAACAAGGAAAAUAUCUUUAUUAAAUUCUUAAAUGAGUGAGUAUACUCAACUCUCACUUAUACACAGAUAUGAUUUGCCACAGAACACUUCCGCUAGUGUUUAACAAGCUAAAUGAUGAUUGACGCAUUUGGCGCCUUUGAAGGUAGCGUUCCCAAGCUUCUCUGGCAAGAUCAAAGCUUCAACGCCUGUCACUUUUUGUUAACUUUAACAAGCAAACUCCAGUGCACUGAUGAUCAAGAAAAGCAGCGGGAGGGAGAGUGAGAGGCUGUACGAGCAUGAAGCGGAAAAUAUACAGUUUUUAAAUUAAAAAUCCGAUUCUUUUGGCCCAAUUUCUGAUCACGUGAUCAGAUCAGGACAUCCCUAAUCCUAUCGCUAACCCAGAAGUUGAGUGACAUCACAGUGAAUAGAGCUUAUUGAUAAUACGCCCAAAAAAAAAAUCAAAGUUGAAUGUGUAUUUGUCCAACUUUAGUGUAAAUACAGUUUCAUUUAUACUGAUGACACCAAUGGCAUCCUAUUAAAAACAUAACCCAUUAGCGUUUAGCAUCGCUCGUGCUAUGAGAUUAGCUUUUCCCAAACGUUGGCAAACAUGGCGAACGUAGGAAUUUAGAAAAAAGCAACCCCCGAACCCCCUUUAUUUGACACCAAAAUACCUCAAAAGCGGCUAGCGCUAAAGCUAACCAUCAAGGAAACAGCGCUUAGGCUUGUAUGAACGCUAUUAAGACUGAUUUUUUUUUUUUUUUUUUUUUUUUUGCUGUUGCAUUUUGGGAUUUUUAUGUUUUUCUCGCGAGUAACUGCAGUCGAGCUUGUCGCUCGGGAAGUUCUGCGCACAUUUAAAAACAAAAAACAAAAAAAAUGGGGGAGUUAAUUGAGCUUUAAGAUUGUGUAAGAAUUAACCUGAUUUUUGUUUAAAUAAAAUAAAAUAUAAAACUAGAAAAAAAAAGCAGGCACAUUAUGCAAAAAUGUUUAUCAGAUACCUCAUUUAUCGAUUUUCUUUGAUGUUGUCUUUUGGCUUGUACAAUGCUCCGUAUAUUCAUUUGACUGUGGGGUUUGUGCAUAUUUUUGUACUGUUAUUAUUACACGGACAUGAUGAUAUGACUUCUAUAUAAAUAUAUAUUAUAGGUUUUUUUUUCCUCUUUGAUUCAACAACUACAAGGAAAAGAAGAACGUGGACAAAAAGGCGGUGAAUGCUUGUUAAAACGUUUGUUUUUUUGUGCUGAUUGUAUUUAAGAGGAGCACUUUUUGGCAAAGUGGUUUUCACACAUUCACUUUUGUUCAUAUGAUUAGUAAUAUAAAGACGUGGUU